AAGAAGGAGAGGAAGGAGAAGGAGGAGGAGAAUGUGACAACUGCUGGAUGCGGACAGAGUGCGCGCGCGGCCGGCUACACCGCACGCCUUUUUGGGGAGGCCUGCUCGGCUCCUGCUCCUCCUGCUCCUCCUGCUCCUACUGCACCUCCUGCACCUGCCCCUCCGCGCGCAGCUCGGGCAUCAGCGACGCUCCUUCUUUUUUUAUUCAUCCGGCAGGGCGCACAGAAGCGGAGGCGCGCGCGCACACACACACACACACACACUAGUACUGUACGCGCGCACACACACACACACACACACACACACUCGCGCGCAGGGCAGGAGGCGACAUGACUUCAUCCUACAAUCUGGAUUUCCUGCCCGAUGUGAGGGUGGAGAGCCGGCUGCUGCCUCCCAGAGACCGACUUAACGGGAAGAUGAACGGCGCCCCGGAGCACUCGGACCAGCCCGACCCGGACGCCAUCAAGAUGUUCGUGGGCCAGAUCCCGCGGUCCUGGUCCGAGAAGGAGCUGAAGGAUCUGUUCGAGCCGUUCGGCGCCGUGUACCAGAUCAACAUCCUCCGGGACCGCAGCCAGAACCCGCCGCAGAGCAAAGGCUGCUGUUUUGUCACGUUUUACACGAGGAAAGCCGCCCUUGAAGCCCAGAAUGCAUUGCACAACAUAAAGACCUUAACGGGGAUGCACCACCCGAUCCAGAUGAAACCUGCAGACAGCGAGAAAUCUAACGCGGUGGAGGACAGGAAGUUGUUCAUCGGCAUGGUGUCGAAGAAGUGCAACGAGAACGACAUCCGGGUCAUGUUCUCGGCGUUCGGGCAGAUCGAGGAGUGCCGGAUCCUCCGCGGGCCGGACGGACUGAGCAGAGGAUGUGCGUUUGUCACGUUUUCCACCAGAUCGAUGGCACAAAAUGCGAUCAAAGCCAUGCACCAGUCUCAGACUAUGGAGGGCUGCUCGUCUCCCAUCGUGGUAAAGUUCGCCGACACGCAGAAGGACAAGGAGCAGCGGCGCCUGCAGCAGCAGCUGGCGCAGCAGAUGCAGCAGCUGAACAGCGCCACCACCUGGGGCAGCCUGGCGGGCCUGGGCGGCCUCACCCCGCAGUACCUGGCCGUAAGGAGAGCCGCCGCGUCGCCCUCCUCCUCCUCCGCCCAUUACUACAGCCCCAUGGCCAACGCCGCCGCAUUGCUCCAGCAGGCGACCUCCUCCAGUAACCUGGGAGCCUUCAGUGGGAUCCAGCAGAUGGCCGGUAUGAGUGCUCUGCAGUUGCAGAACUUGGCCACUUUAGCGGCGGCGGCGGCCCAAAACUCCGCCAGUCCCUCCACCGCAAACCCCCUGUCCGGCAGCGCCUCCCUGGGAGUGCUGGGCAGCCCAGGCUCCAACGCCAUGAGCUCCCUGACCUCUCUGGGGACCCUGCAGGGCCUGGCAGGCGCCACCGUGGGCCUCAAUAACAUCAACGCACUAGCAGGCAGCAUCAACAGUAUGGCGGCGCUGGGCGGCGGUCUGGGCGGCGGUCUGGGCGGCGGUCUGGGCGGCGGUCUGGGCGGCGGUCUGGGCGGCGGCCUGUCCAACGGCACGGCGGGCACCAUGGACGCCCUGACGCAGGCGUACAGCGGCAUCCAGCAGUACGCCGCCGCCGCGCUGCCCACGCUCUACAGCCAAUCACUGCUGCAGCAGCAGGGCGCCGCGGGCAGCCAGAAGGAGGGCCCAGAGGGCGCCAACCUGUUCAUCUACCACCUGCCCCAGGAGUUCGGGGACCAGGACAUCCUCCAGAUGUUCAUGCCUUUCGGGAACGUGGUGUCGGCCAAGGUCUUCAUCGACAAGCAGACCAACCUGAGCAAAUGCUUCGGCUUCGUUAGCUACGACAAUCCGGUGUCGGCGCAGGCCGCCAUCCAGGCCAUGAACGGCUUCCAGAUCGGCAUGAAGCGGCUGAAGGUUCAGCUGAAGCGCUCCAAGAACGACAGCAAGCCGUACUGAUGUUAGCCGUAGGGUCUGUUAGCGCCGCGAGG